AUGGACUCGGCUCGUUCCUCUUCCGCUACCUACUCGUCCUCGACCAACUCUGGCCCCGCCUCCUCUGCGCAGCAAGGUAAGCUGUCGUCUACGCGGCGAGCUCGGGACCGCUGUCUCGUCUGGCCAAUGCUCGCCGCAGCGCCGCCGACGUUCACGGCAAAAUCGCGAGUGACUCUAAUUCAAUAA